UGGAUGAGAACGAGUUGGCCAUUUGAUCAUUAGGAUUGUGUUUCAUUGAGGAUUGUGCUUACUUUUAUGUCUAACGAUGGGAGAUGGAAGACAAAGGCGCAGAUGGGAGUACUGGUGGGUUGCUGUGCGUUUCUCUCUUCUGCUGUGUUUGGGGGAGAAGGUUUCCGCACAGAUAAGGUACUCUAUUCCAGAGGAGGUGAAAGAGGGAUCCGUUGUUGGAAAUGUUGCAAAGGAUUUGGGUCUCGACGUCAGUACUUUGGUCGAGAGACGGUUUCGUAUUGUUUCUGGAUCUAAGGACGCUCUUUUCCAGGUAAAUCAGAACAAUGGCGUCUUGUAUGUUCACAAGAAUAUCGACAGAGAAGCGAUUUGUAACGGCAAGGUAGCUUGCGCGAUAGACCUGAAAAUCGUUGUUGAAAACCCGCUUGAAGUCCAUUAUGUAGGUUUAGAGAUAACGGACGUAAAUGACCACUCGCCAAGUUUCUCCGAGAAAAAUCUACACAUAGAGAUAGCUGAAAAUAAACCUGCAGGAGCUCGAUUUGAACUCCAGCCUGCGCGUGAUUUCGACUCCGGUAUUAAUUCUAUACGUUCCUACAAGUUAAAUCCAAAUGAACAUUUCGAUUUAGAACUGAGAGAUAGUGGGGAAGGGGAUACAAUCCCGUUUUUAAUUUUACAGAAAGCCUUGGACAGGGAACAGGAGACCAAACAUUCAUUACUAUUGACUGCAUUGGAUGGGGGGAAUCCACCUGGAACAGGUACUCUAAACAUCACUGUCACAGUCCUCGACGCAAAUGAUAAUCAGCCUGUAUGUAGUCAGGACGUCUAUUCAGUUACAUUACAAGAAAAUGCUGAUAUCGGUAGGUUUGUAGUUAGAGUGAAUGCAACCGAUGCAGACCAUGGGUCAAAUGGCAUGGUGGAAUAUACUCUCGGUAGAAAUUUAAAGCGGAGAGUACAUGAUAUGUUCCUAUUGGAUGGGAUUACUGGGGCAAUUGAGGUGAAAGGCCCGGUAGAUUUUGAAGAAAAUGAGAUGUACAGUCUAAAUGUACAGGCUUCUGAUAAGGGCCAGCCUCCACUGACAACUGAUUGCAGAGUUAUUGUUAAGAUACAAGACGUGAACGACAACAGACCACAAAUAGAGGUUACGUCACUCUCCAAUACCGUGUCUGAAGAUUCUAAACCUGGAACUGUUAUAUCUCUCAUCAGUGUGACAGAUCAUGACUCUGGUAUUAACGGAAAAGUUAUUUCCAGUAUAACUGAAAACGUGCCAUUUGAAUUAAAACCCUCAUAUAAGGAUAACGUGUAUUCUAUAGUCACAAAGGGACGUUUAGACAGAGAAUUCGUGUCCCAUUAUGAGAUCACAAUAACUGCCACUGACUGUGGUCAGCCUCCUCUGUCCACAUUCAAAACUCUGAGUGUCCAGAUAUCAGAUGUGAACGAUAACCGUCCAGAAUUCUCCCAAAACCCCCUUGAGCUGUACUUAGUGGAAAAUAACGCCCCUGGUGCAUCCAUAUUCUCUGUAAGCGCUUCUGACAAAGACUUGAAUGAAAAUGCUGCGAUUUCAUAUCACAUAGUUAGAGGAGAAGGGACGCAGAAUGACAUGGCAUCUUUUCUGAAUAUAAAUUCGGAUAAUGGUCAUAUUUCCGCGCUGAAAAGCUUUGACUUCGAAAUCCUCAAAACGUUCCAAUUCCAAGUUGUAGCUACAGACUCUGGAACUCCGUUACUAAGCAACAACGUCACAGUGAACGUGUUCAUUCUGGAUCAGAACGACAACGCUCCAGUGAUCUUGUAUCCAGUCAGCACUAACGGUUCUGCUGAAGGUGUGGAGGAGAUUCCCGUAAUGUGAACGCAGGCCAUUUGGUGACUAAAGUGAGAGCCUAUGACGCUGAUAUAGGAUAUAACGGCUGGUUAUUAUUUUCACUGCAGGAAGUUACUGACCACAGUCUCUUUGCU